CACACAAAGAUGUCUUGCUACGACCUGUGCCCACCAAAGACCAGCGUGGCCGUCCCUCAGCCCAUCGCUGAGAGCUGCAACGACCUGUGCACCCGCCAGUGCCCCGACUCCACGGCCUUCAUCCAGCCACCCCCUGUCAUGGUCACCUUCCCCGGCCCCAUCCUCAGCUCCUUCCCCCAGCAAGCCGUGGUGGGCUCCUCUGGAGCACCUGCCUUUGGGGGCAACCUGGGUCUGGGAGGCCUCUAUGGUGCCGGUGCCACCCAGGGCUCGGGGGGCCUCUGCACCUUUGGCAGAGCCUACGCUGCUCCUGCCUGCAGCCCUUGUGUCUUGCCCCGCUACAGCAAGAAGCUCUGGGACACCUGUGGACCCUGCUAGACCCAGCCCCACACACCCCACCGCCCAUGGGACAAUUCAGCCUCAUGCCUCCUCUUUUUUAUCCCCUCCUGCUCCUCUCUGUAUGAUACAUAUUUGCCUUCCUCUGGCCAUGCCCAGAUACGCAACUCCACCUUCAUCCCACUGGGCACUAGCUUGACUCUGCCAUGACGACCACCUGGCAAAAGCCUGAAGGAACAACUCUUCUGAAGCCUGGUGGGUCAACAUGCCUGCCUUUGCCUCCAGAGAUGUUUCUUUCUCCAGUCAAUAAAACAAUCCUGCAUCCAG